CGUCUGCUGCAGCGGCCGCGGUGGCGGAGGAGGCCCGAGAGGACUUGGCGGCAGCGGCGGCGGCGGCGGCGGCGGCGGGACCGGCAGAAGCAGCAGCAGCUACAAGCUCCCAGUGCCGCGGCGCUGCCGCACGAGCCCCACGAGCCGCCCACCCCGCCGCCCUCGGCGCUCCCUGACCCCACCGGCGUGUCCGCCAGCCGCCAGCCCCGGCAGCGCCCCCAGUCGUCCUCCGACUCGCCCUCGGCCUUCCGCGCCAGCCGCAGCCGCAGCCGCAACGCCACCCGCAGCCUCAGCCCCAGCCUUAGGCACAGCCACCGGCACAACCCUAGCCCCAGCUCCUGCUGCAGCUCCUCCAGACACAGUUCCUACGCCGACACCCUGGAGGUGGGGAUGCUCUUGUCCAAAAUCAACUCGCUUGCCCACCUGCGCGCCGCGCCCUGCAACGACCUGCACGCCACCAAGCUGGCGCCCGGCAAGGAGAAGGAGCCCCUGGAGUCGCAGUACCAGGUGGGCCCGCUACUGGGCAGCGGCGGCUUUGGCUCGGUCUACUCAGGCAUCCGUGUCGCCGACAACUUGCCGGUGGCCAUCAAGCACGUGGAGAAGGACCGGAUUUCCGACUGGGGAGAACUGGCAGCCCCCUCGCCCCUGCAGCCCAAUGGCACCCGAGUGCCCAUGGAAGUGGUCCUGCUGAAGAAGGUGAGCUCGGGCUUCUCCGGCGUCAUCAGGCUCUUGGACUGGUUCGAGAGGCCCGACAGUUUCGUCUUGAUCCUGGAGAGGCCCGAGCCGGUGCAAGACCUCUUCGACUUUAUCACGGAAAGGGGGGCCCUGCAGGAGGAGCUGGCCCGCAGCUUCUUCUGGCAGGUGCUGGAGGCUGUGCGACACUGCCACAGUUGCGGGGUGCUCCACCGCGACAUCAAGGACGAGAACAUCCUCAUCGACCUCAAUCGCGGCGAGCUCAAGCUCAUCGACUUCGGGUCGGGGGCGCUGCUCAAGGACACCGUCUACACGGACUUCGACGGGACCCGAGUGUAUAGUCCUCCAGAGUGGAUCCGCUACCAUCGCUACCACGGCAGGUCGGCGGCCGUCUGGUCUCUGGGGAUCCUGCUGUAUGACAUGGUCUGUGGAGAUAUUCCUUUUGAGCACGAUGAGGAGAUCAUCAGGGGCCAAGUUUUCUUCAGGCAGAGGGUCUCUUCAGAGUGUCAGCAUCUCAUUAGAUGGUGCUUGGCCCUAAGACCAUCAGAUCGGCCAUCCUUCGAAGAAAUCCAGAACCAUCCAUGGAUGCAAGAUGUCCUCCUGCCCCAGGAAACAGCUGAGAUCCAUCUGCACAGCCUGUCACCAGGACCCAGCAAAUAGCAGCUUUUCUGGCAGGUUCUCCCCUCCCCCGUCAGACCCUCGAGGGAGGGGAAGCUUCUGUUUCCAGCUUCCCGAGUACCAGUGACACUUCUCGUCCAAGCAGGACAGUGCUUGAUAACAGGAACAUUUACAACUCAUUCCAGACCCCAGGCCCCUGGAGGUUGCCUCCCAACAGUUGGUGGGGAGAGACUCCACUCCAGGUGUCGUAGGCCUCAAAUCCCCCUGUAGAUGCUCUCUCUUUCUCACAGACGUCCAGCAUUGCUGGGCUCCGCAAACUCCCGGGGGUGGGGGUGGGGGGGUCAGAACCCUGCCAUGGAACUGUUCCCUUCAUCACGAGUUCUGCUGAAUGCCGCGAUGGGUCGGGUAGGGGGAAAACGGGUUGGGGUGGGAUAGGACUAGCACCAUUUUUAAGUCCCUGUCACCUCUUCCGACUCUUCUGAGUGCCUUCUGUGGGGACUCCGGCUGUGCUGGGAGAAAUACUUGAACUUGCCUCUUUUACCUGCUGCUUCUCCAAAAAUCUGCCUGGGUUUGGUUCCCUAUUUUUCUCUCCUGUCCCCCUCCCCCCAUCCUUUAUAUGAAAGGUGCCAUGGAAGAGGCUACAGGGCCAAACGCUGAGCCACCUGACCUUUUUUCUGCCUCCUCUAGUAAAACUGCGAGUGAACUGGUCUUCCUUUUUGGUUUUUACUUAACUGUUUCAAAGCCAAGACCUCACACACACACACAAAAUGCACAAACAAUGCAAAUACAACAGAAAAACUGUAAAUGUGUGUACAGUUGGCAUGGUAGUGUACAAAAGGAUUGUAGUUGAUCUAAUCUUUUUUAAUUUUGCCUUUAAGUUAUUUUACCUGUUUUUGUUUUGUUGUUUUU